UGUGUGGUUGUUUUCCUGUGUCUCCCCUCUCAUUCUCUGCAGGUCUCACACCAUUGGCUGUUCCUCCACCAUCGUCCAACCCCCUGUCCAAUCUGGGAGCUGUCUGUUGGCCAAUUAGUGUCGUCAGGCCUUGAUAACUUGCACCUGUUUUGUCUCCAUGGAGGGAGGCCAUUGUCUGCCUGUGUGUGGGCUGUGUGGAGCUGUUGCUUUUUGUUUGUGAGAUGCCACCGGGGUUUAGGUGAAUAGACGUAGCAAGCUAACAUCCUGGAGCCGUAACAUAUUUGGGAGCUCGUCCGGGAUCCUCAUUGUAGGACUCCACGUCGGGCUGGCUUAGAGGUGUUCGAUGCAGGUGUGCACAUAGUGUAGCUGGUUUGUGUGUAUAAGAUAGGCAGUAGUUGUUUUUGUAGGGCUCGUUAUGGAGGCUUUUGAUUUGGGUGUCUUUUUGGCUGAUCCGUCUAUGGAUCGAAUUGACAGAUGCCGGAAGGCUGAUUUAUAUGCCAUAGCGGCUCAUUUUGAGUUUCCAGUUCAGGGGACCCUGCUCAAAGCGAGACUUAAGGAGUGUGUCGUGGAUAUGCUGGUGGGCAAGGAGGUGCUUGGUGUGAAUGCGGCUUCUCCUUGUAGUGAUGAUAGGGAGGACAUGCAGGCUGGGGCAGAGGCUAAGCCACCCGCUACCUUACCACGCUUUAAUCCGUUGUCACCUACUUUAUUAAUGUCGUCUCAGGACGCCCGUCUGAAAGUAAGGUUGGCCCGCUUGCAAAUGGAGGCUGAGCGUGGAGAGAGGCAAGCUGAGCGUGAGCACCAUCUGGAGAUCCGACGGAUUGAGGCAGAGAAGGAGGUGAAACUACGGAGGUUGGAAUUGGAGGCUGCAAGUGCAGCACGUUCACCCCAAACCACCCUCUCUUCUCCACUAGCUAGCUCAUUUUGCACAUUGGAUGUGACUAAACAAAUGGCGUUGGUUCCGCAGUUCCGGGAAUCGGAAAUCGAUUCUUAUUUUGGUGUGUUUGAACGCAUCGCAGUUUCUAUGCAGUGGCCUAAAGAGGUGUGGCCCCUCUUGCUUCAGUGUAAACUAACUGGUAAAGCUCAGGAGGUGUUGGCGUCCAUUUCGUUGGCGGACAGUCUAGAUUACGAAAUUGUUAAAACCACUGUUCUUCGUGCGUAUGAGUUAGUACCUGAGGCAUAUAGACAAAAAUUUAGGAGUUGCAAAAAGUCUCCUGAUCGUACUUUCAUGGAGUUUGCUCGAGAGAAGGCCACCUUGUUUGAUCGGUGGUGCACCGCCACUAAAACUACAGAUUUUUCCUCUCUUCGAGAAUUAGUCCUGCUGGAGGAAUUCAAGAAUAGUGUAUCAGAACGUAUAGUAACAUACUUGAAUGAGCAAAAAGUGGUGUCAAUGUCCCAGGCAGCUGUAUUAGCGGACGAGUUUGUACUCACCCACAAGCCCGCUCAUUCGUUCUCUACCUCUCCAACCACUCAGUUUCGCAGGUCAGUUUCGCUACCUUUACGUUCUAGGGAGGAACGGGAGUGUUAUUAUUGUCAUGAAUUUGGCCAUUUAAUUGCUGACUGUCAGCUUCGUAUGAGAAAUCAUCCACCGCCCGUUCAACAACAAAAGGGGGUUGGGUUGAUAAGUACAGUUUCUCGCUCUGUGGCAGUUAUGCCGAAUGUGUGCAUUUCUGACCUUCCUGACCCCAGCUACAAACCAUUCAUUUUGAGUGGUCUUGUGUCACUGACCGGUGAUCCAAAGGAACAGCAAAAGGUUCAGAUUCUCCGUGACACUGGGGCGGCCCAGUCGUUUAUCCUCUCUGAUGCAGUGCCAUUGUCAGGUGAUUCAUUCUGUGGUUCCAGUGUUUUGGUUCAGGGCAUAGAGAUGGGAUUUGUGCCAGUCCCCUUGCACCUGAUACAUUUAAAAUGUGAUUUAGUCAGUGGAAUUUUCAAAGUCGGGGUAUGUCAUAACCUGCCGGUAAAAGGCGUUCAGUUUAUCAUGGGCAAUGAUAUUGCUGGAGGCAGAGUGCUGCCUAUGUUGGAGGUAUUGGACUGUCCCGAAGCUAACGCUGAGGAUGAGUUAGCCGAGAGAUUCCCUGGGAUUUUUCCGGUGGGGGCUGUUACACGGGCGCAGUCCCGACCAUUGAGUAAUGUGGUGGACCUGUCUGACUCCUUUCUUGUCCCAGUGGGGGACGUAAAUGAGGUUACUGGUUCUACCUCUGUGCCCCCUCCACAGCCUGAUAAGAACAGUGCCGUUGAGAGUGCUGGCCUUAGUCUCGACCCAUUGCCUCUACCGAUAACUCGUGAUAAGCUGGUUGCUAUGCAAAAGAUAGAUUCUACACUGGAGCAGUGUUAUGGGAAGGCUGUUACUCCGGGUGGGGAUAUCGACGGUAAGGUGGGUUACUUCCUAGAUAAUGCUCUUCUCAUGCUGCCUGUGCCCUCGCUAGGGAAGCUCUGUCCGCCUCACAGAAGCGGAUGA